UUUAAAUAUAAUAUUACUAAAUCUCAUCAAAAAUAUAUUAAGUGUUAAGAAAAUAUAAAGAUAAUUUCAUUGUGAAUAUAAAACAAAUAAUAUAAUAAUAGGUUCUUAUUUAUAUAAAAUAUGUAUACAUAUAAAUUAUUAAUUUAUAAUUUUAAUGGGAUCUUAGAUUUAAAUAGAAUAUUCAAAAAAUUAUUAUUUUAUUAUUUUAUCGAUUUACGUCAAAUUUUGAACUGAUUCAAGUUGGAACCGAUAAAAUUUAUUAAUUUAUAGAGAUUAUUAAUCGAUCGAAAAUUAGUUUAUAGAAGUUCUACCGUAUAUAUAUAGUACUAAAUUAAAUAUGAAGUUCAUUUUAAUCAAGAAUUAUAAACAAUAAACAAUAAAAUAACACAUAUGGACAUGCUGCAUAGAUGAGAAUGCACAGAAGGGUGCAACAAACUGACGAUAUUAAUUUGAUUCCCAUAAUUCGAUUCCUUUUGACUCUAACGUUUUAGGAAAAUCUCCAUAACUUGAUUCCCUCUAAUUUCGGUAACAAACUAAUGAUAUUAAUAAUUAAUAUCACGCAUCUUGUUAGAGGAAGGAAUAAAAAUCGGUAAAUAUAUAGUAUUGACUAAUAUAUUGUACAAAUAUAUAAGGUAAGACCAAUAAAAAUUAAGUCUAAUGAAAUGGUCCAAACAACCUUUAUAGGUAGAUUUAUCAAGACUGCUUCCCUUUUAGUAACAUAGAUUGUCUUACACAUGUAUAUAGUAUAUUUUGAUUUUUCUUUCAAAUGAGACAAUAUUUUGUUAUAUUUUAUUUUAUUUAGAAAUAUAUUAUAUAAACAUAAUCUCUCUCUCUCUCUCUCUCUCUCUCUCUCUCUCUCUCUCUCUCUCUCUCUCUCUCUCUCUCUCUCUCUCUCUCUCUCUCUCUCUCUCUCUCUCUCUCUCUCUCUCUCUCUCUCUCUCUCUCUCUCUCUCUCUCUACCUCCCUCCUUCCCUAUCUUCAUCUCUUCAAUUUUUUUUGUUAUUUUAGAUAAGUACUUAUUCGAUACUAUUUGUUCGUCAAUAUAGUAUAGAAACCCGAUGGAUACUUUACAAAAAAACAGAAAUAGUAUAAUAACUAUAUGGAAUGAGACUCAAUUGACAAAGGUUAUUUCGAUAAUUCAAGAAAUAGUCACACAAUGUGGAACCGAUGAGCCAGCUCUGUGGGGGGGAAGGGGGGGGGGGGGAGUUGGUAUUUUACAGACGGAUCAUGGAAGAAUAAAUAGUAUUCUGGAGGGUUUUGAAGGUUUAAUGAGUAUAAGAAAUAUAAGAAGAUGCCUUUCAGCAUUACAUUCAGAAAUAUAAGCUAUUAUUUGAUAAUGGAAAAUAUGAAAUUUCUCAGACAAUUCUAUGUCACUUUUGCAACAGAUAAUUUUCAGCUGAUGAAGAUGGUUUCAGAACCGAAAGAAUGACCUGCGUUUACACCAUAUUUGGAGGAAAAUACAAAAGAUUGACGAAGAGUUUUAGCUUUAUAGAGAUCAAGUACGUCCCCAAAACUUAAAAUAUUAAUACGGGUAAACUAGCACGAGGUGCAAAGAAUCAACCAUCUUCAUUUAUCUACAUGAAUACAUAGUUUCCAAUUUAGUUACCAAAAUCUAGAUAAUCUAUUUAUGCUGAUAACAAAAAAAAAGUAUCAUUUGUUAUCUCUACACACUACAUUGUCACGCGGAAAGGAGAAAGUAGUCACUUUGAUGUGAAAUUGUCACAUUUUUUCUUUACCAAACAGCACAUGGUUAGUUUUUCUCAAAAUUUAUUUACGACAAAUUCUCCCACUUUAAAACUCCUUUUCUCUUUCUUUUAAUUUUACAAUACUAAAAGGGGAAUAUGAACUCCGUUGAGUUUAUCCACCUCAGCAUGGAAAAUCAACCAAUAAGAAACUUUCUUUUGCCACGUCACACGUGUUAGGCUGCUCUUUCUUUUGUGAUCCGUGAAUUGAAUUAUCUGGCCCAUAAGCCCAACCGAAGAGAAUCCCUAAAACACAAAAUUUGGGUCGAUGAUUUUCUUCGACAAUCUUUAUCUUCGUCGUUUCCAAUUCUUCAACGGUUUGUCGAUCAAUCGCUACUCCAUCUCUAUGCAAUGAAUCCUCCGAAAAUCUCAUUUAUGGUUUCCUUCGCCUUCCCCCUCCUAAGAUUCUUUAUGGCUUCCUUUCGCCUUCCCCCUCCUAAGAUUCUUUAUAACACUGUUCCCCCUCCUCAAAAUUAAUAUACAUAACCGCUUUUCCUCAGACAUGAAAAUAGAUUAACACAGAAAUAGCAAGGGUAUGCACGGACCCAAGUGUAAGCUGGGCGAGUAAAGCACAGUUGGAAGAAGAAUACAUGAAGUAAACGUUGUGGGUGAUAUCAUUCUCCUGAUCGUGUAUGCAAAACAAGGAUCUUAAGCAUGGACUUUCUUCCCAAUGCGGUGUGUAAGUUAUUGAUUUUUCAGUUCACCACUCAUUUUCCAUGUGUAGAUAUAGAUUUUUUUUAUCUCCUAUGAGGUAUAGAUUUUUCAUCUUUUGGGAAACCAAUGAGAAAGCUCUCUCAAAUCAAGUAAAAAAGGACCUUUGCAAAACUUCUCUAAUACCCUCUCUUUUGAAACUUAUAAUGUAUCCGGUCCGUUUUGCAGGCCCGUCAAAGCCACAAGAGAAUUUGAGUCAUACACAUAGAGGCUAUGACGGACAAUCAGCGAGAGUAGUGGGCCUUUCUAUCCCUAAUGCAGCUGUAGAAACUGUAUUACAAGGUGAACUUUUCCCAUAUAGUUUCAUCUUGACUUCUUGGCUGUUUAUGUGAAAUGAACGGGUCUGUCUGCAGUGUGUGGCCCUUGGAAAUGGGGGGUUUAUGCUCUAGGAAUAAGUCUUUUGAAAUAAUCUAUUAUUAGAAAGCUAAGAUAAUGGUCCAAGGAGAUGAUGAAGUUACUACCUCAAGUAUGAAAUUAAAUUCAAAGGUGAUGCGAGUUGAGUUGGGAGUUCUGAAGAGAGAAAAAGAAAAGUUCUAAAUUUCAUGUGAUAAACACAUAAUAUCGUUUAUUUUUGUUAAUUACUUAGAUUUUAAGUUAAGAGUACUUGAUAAGCAGUUGAUGGAUUUCUGUCAAAUAAAAAAUGAAGAAUCACGAGCUUGAGUAGAAACAAAGAGGGAAUGAUAUAAAAGCCAUCGAACCAUGUCUGUGUGGGCUCCUAAUAAUUGUCAUUAAUUUUGUAAAUUUUAAAGCUCUUCAAGUGGAUUGGAUUCAUUGUGAUAGGUGAAUUCUUUCUCCGAUGUUGAUCCUCUACUCAAAAGUUAGUUUAAGUACCUCCAAUACAGAAAAAAAUAAUUAUACACAAAAAUAAUUAAAUUAAAUUAUUUUAUUCUUAUAAACUUUAAGUCAAUUUAGUUAAAAUAUUUAAAUUUUCCUUAAACAUUUGAACUACAGAUUGGUUAUAUAUACAAGAAUUAUCUAAGAUUCUAACAUGAGUUCAAAAUUUUUUUGAUUAGAGGGUUAUAAUUGAAUUUGAUAGUUUCUUAACAAAUGCAAAAUUAAAAAAAAAAAAACAAUUGCGGGAGAGAAGAGAUGACGGCGUGUUUUCCUGGACAGAUAAGCUUCACAACAUUUUCUAAUUCUGACUCUUUGUCUCUUCUGAUUCGGCUCACUUCUCCCAUAAAAGGUUUUGGGUUUGUUCCACGAAGAACCAACGUAGCAAAUUUGCUUAAAACAAAAGAAAUGAUGCAGUAUCUUACAGGUAGAUACAACAUUAGUCAGAAAAGUAUUAUGCAGAAAACCUAUGCCUUUUUCUAGAUAAAGUCACGGACCCGAAGCUCCACGAAUAUGACCAUGUUCAUUGGGCUUUCACCACUGCGGAUGUAUCUAUAUCCCCGCUUCCUAUGCUGAAGAUAAAAAGGAUACCAUUUUAGUCAAUGAAAAAAAGAACGCCAUAUGCAUAAUCAUGAAUGUACCAGUCCAUAACGUCUAUAACCAAUGGUUAUCUUUCAGAUGUUACAAGCAAGCCCGAACAGAAGGAAACCAGAAUAUAGAAAGAAUAUUAAAUUUUUAUUUUGUCAGUCACUCAAUCAGGAGCAAAGUUACGAAGAAAAACAAUAAGCAAAAAUAGACAAACAAAAAGAGAAGAAACUACAAAAGAUAGAGAUGAUGACUACAAUGUGUGUGUAUAUAUAUGUUUGUGUAAAUUUUUUUGUUGAAAUAAAUUUGAGAUUGAUAUAGCAAUUGCAUGGGUGGUGGCAAUGAUAAGUAACAACUAAAUUUUGUUUGGCCUUCCAAAUUAACUGAACACUAAUUAAUAAGUUAUUUAGUUAAAUAACAACUGAAUACGACAAUUUCUAAUUUUAUGAAAAAAUAAGGAUUUUUAACGUUAAAACCCCUUACUAAGUUUGUUUUAGGUAAAAACCACGAAACUAAGUAUUUAACGAAAAAAAUCCUGAACUAACUUUAUUUAAUGAAUUAAACCCUAUCAGGUCAUAAUUACCAUUACUACCGGUAAAUCUUUAGUUUAGGGAUUUCUACAUUAAGUAAACAUAGUCGAGAGGUUUUACCAUUAAAAAUCUAAAAAAAAAAAUUCAAAAUUUUAUAAUAGUAUCUAAAAAUUAGUAACUUAAAUUUUCAAAAUUAACAUUUUUAAUUUUUUUUGUAAAUAUAUGAGUUUGAUGUGUUUUUAACAUCAACAUUAUAUAUGUAUAAAUUAAAAAUGUAAAAACUCAGAAAAUAUAAUAAAAUUUAUCUAAAGAUUUAUAUGUAAUAAAAUUACUAAAAGGUUAAAAAUUUAGAAUACAAGAAAACAUAACAAAAAUUAUAUCUUAUCUAAUAAAAAUGUAAUAAUAAAUCUUUAGAUAAUUUUUAUUAUUUUUUUCUGGGUACACUUUUAAUCUAUACAUAUACAAUGUUUAUGUUAAAAACACAUCAAACUCAUAUAUUUAAGAAAAAAAAUUAAAAGUGAUAAUUUUGAAAAUUUAAGUUACUAAUUCUUAGAUAAUAUUAUAAAUUUUUGAUUUUUUUUUAAAGUUUUAAUGGUAAAACCCCUCAACUAUGUUUACUUAAUGUAGAAACCCCUAUACUACAGAUUUACAGGUAGUAAUGGUAAUUAUGACCUGAUAGGGUUUAAUUCAUUAAAAAAAAGUUAGUUUGGGGUUUUUUCUUAAAUUAGUUGAGGGUUUUAACAUUAAAAGUCCAUAACAAACAAUUAGAUUGUAUCCAAUGAUAAAAAAAACUAUUUUACAAUGUAUUUACAACCAAAAAGGAGAAAAUAAAAGCCGGUAGUAGAUGAGGAGGACGAUGUCAAGAAAGAAGAGCAUAGGUUCCUCUUAGUAAGCAUAACUGAGUGAUCUUAUUUUUCGACAAAGAAGCUUAGCUUAUUUCUAAAGGAAAAAGUCUGGUUUUUGAUAGAAGCCCGAUAUUUUUCUAUGGUUUGGUUGUGUUUAAUUAUGUCCUAUUUUCAUUUGUAAUGUUUUCUCAUGAACUAUGCCCAGGUUUGGAUGACAAUACUCUUUUGUAGUUUUGGUUAUAAUUUGACUUAACUUAUCCCGGAUCAUAAGAUGGUUCGAUUUGGUAUAAAAAUAACAUAUUUAAAUCAUGGGCUAUUUUAAACAGAAACCAUGUUAAAUAAUUUCAUUUAUCCUAUUUCUACUGAGAUUUCAUCAACGCCAUUUGACAAAUUUUCUACAGAUUUUUUUUCUUGGCACUUAAAAAACAUUUUCAAUAUGUAUAUCAAACCAAGUUUGCCUAGCUCAAAGUAAGAAGCCCAUUACUAUGUUGGUUGUACUUCCUUUUGAGGACGGAAGAACUAUAAAUGUGAACUCAAUAAUUCUAAAACCAUAACAAUGGUUAAAUCAUUUGUAAAUUUAUCAAUUAUUUAACAUAAAAAUAAUCGAAAUAAAAUAGAUUUCUGAACAUUACUAAAGUUUAAUAACUGCCGGUCCAAUUUUCUGACCAUUCUAUAUACAAUUUUCUAAAAAAUACAUAACGAACUAGGCCUGGGAUUUUUAUCCAUAACCGAAUACGCGAACCGAAACCGACCCGAUUUUGACCGGUUCGGAUCGGUUACGGUAUAGUCUAAUUUAACCAAUGGAUAAUAUUAUAAAAAUCCAUGGGUUGCGGGUCGGUUCGGAUUUUUAUUCGAGCCAAAACGGAUACCCAAUUUAACCCGACUUUAAUAACACGACAUAGCCGUUAGGCGUGAUUACCAGUCUCGAUACAAUCCCCAAUUUCCCAAAAAUAUGAAAUUACGAACCCUAGCUUCUCCCUUUUCGAUUCGUUUUCUUAUAGCAUUCGAAAAUCGUAAAGGUCUCUUCUCUCUACAAAUAAAGCAACCGGUUUUAUUAGAAAGCUUCAAAGCUGGAUCUAUUAGCAAGCAACGAUCGUCUUUUCUCUCCACUGUCUGCAUCUUCGAUAAUCCAGUCGGAGGUAAGCAACGGUUUCUUUUUUGAUUGUUUGAUUCCUUUUUUGCAUUAUAUUGAUUAUGAUUUCUUUUGUGAUUGUUUGAUUCCUUUUUUGCGAUUGUUAAUUGCUUACUUACGUAUGUGUAUGCAGAUGGGUUCUUCUCCUACCGAUCAACAAGCUGAAAUGAAUCAUGUAUUAACAGAUGAAGAACUAUCUGCAGAUGAAGAAGUACAAACACUGGGUUCGAGAGAUAAAGCUGGAGGUUCUGGUGAAGGGUCAAGAAAAAGGACGAGGUCUGAUGUUUGGGAGCAUCUCAGCAGGCUACCAAACAACUACGAUAGAUGUAAAUGCCGCUAUUGUAGUAAAGAGAUGAGUUGUCCAACCAAGUCAGGGACCACCAAUCUGAGGAAGCAUCUCACUAACUGUAGGUCAUUCAUGGCUUGGAAGGCUGCAAAUAAGUCAAAACCCAGUCCCGGUUAGCUACAGAUGCAGAAGGCAACAUGAGUGUUGGUAAGGUGGAUGACAGAGUGUUCAAAGAUGCUACCAAUGAGAUGAUAGUCUUAGCAGAGUUACCGUUUAACUUUGUGGAAAGCUUGGCGUGGAAACACUUCUGCAACAAAGUGCAGCUGCAGCCGCCUGUUUGUAGGAAGACAUGUACAACGGAGAUUGCGGCAAUUUAUAUGAAGAGGAAAGCAGAAAUGAAGAAAGUUCUUGGACAGAACAAGCAAAGACUCUCUCUGACAACAGAUAUAUGGACUGCUCCUUACACUGCGGCUAGUUACAUGGUAAUUACUGCUCACUUUGUUGAUUCAAACUGGAAGCUGAGAAAGAUGAUCAUAGGGUUUAAGAAUGUGGAUGAUCACAAAGGGUCUACAAUUGCGAGAGUUCUUGUGGAUUGUUUAGCAGAGUGGGAUAUUAAAAGAGUCUUCUGCAUCACAGUUGAUAAUGCCACAGCUAACACAACAGCCAUGAAGAAGUUCAAGGAAUAAUUUAUCAACCAAGGAGAAGAUGCACUGGUUUUGAAUGGUGAAUUCUUGCACAUUAGGUGUGCGACACAUAUUAUUAAUCUGAUUGUCAAGGAAGGGUUAAAUGAGGUGGAUGAUAGCGUCAAUUCCAUUCGAAAUGGUAUUCAGUACGUGAGGUCUUCAACCAACAGACAGAAGUCAUUCGAGUUUCGGGUUGAUACGGGAAAGAUGACCAGAGGAAGCCUUCCAUUAGAUGUCAAGGCAAGAUGGAACUCGACGUAUCUGAUGCUAGACCAAGCAAUCAAAUUCAGGGCAGCUUUCGAGAAGAUGGAGGCUGAGGACAAACCGUACAAUGACUACUUCUUGGAGCUUGAAAAUGGGAAAAAGAGGAUUGGACCGGCUUCCACAAGAGAUUGGGAAGAAGCUGAGAGGUUGCUACACUUUCUUAUCAUCUUUUACAAUUCAACUUUGAUGCUCUCGGCGACAAAAGGGAUUACGUCGCACAAGAUCUACAAUGAGAUUGUCACCAUCACGAGUAAUAUCUGCAAGAUAAGCUCUGCACCAGGUGCUGAUCACACACUACAGUUGAAGGCUUUGACGAUGAUGGGGAAACUAAGGAAGUAUUUGGAUCCAUUUACGGAAGUAUCUGAGCCUGAGAGUAGUAACUCUAAGAAGUGUAAGAUGAAUAAGCUUUUGAUUGUUGCCUCUGUUUUUGACCCUAGGAAGAAGAUGAACUUUGCUAACCUCUCCUUUGAGAAGCUCUAUGGAAAAGAAAGCAUCGAGUAUACUCUGCUUUCUGAAUCAAUUAUGGAUAUCUUGAAGCGCCUAUAUGAUGAGUACAGUGUUGGAUACAACACAAGUGGUGGGGGAUCAGGUGGUUCACAGUCUCAAGGAGGAUCUUCUUCACAGUCGCAGUCGCAAUGCAGUGGUGCUGCUGCAGUUCUCUAGAGUCAAAUCAUAGGCAACGGGAUCGGGUAUGAAAGAAUGGAUAAUCUGUACGAGGAGCUUGUCGAAGAAACAGGUACACAAGAUUCUAGUAAUGAGUUAGAAGUGUAUUUGAGAGAGAAAGUAGAGGUUACAAAAGGUGGUAAUGGACUUGGAACCGAGUAUGAUGUUUUAUCAUGGUGGAGAAGAAACAGUGUGAAGUUCCCGAUCUUGUCUCAGAUAGCUGCUGAUAUUCUUGCGGUUCAAGCAUCAUCUGUAGCAUCAGAAAGUGCAUUUAGCACUAGUGGGAGAGUCUUAGACCCAUAUAGGAGCUGCUUGACACACUUUAUGGUCGAGGUGUUGGUGUGCACGGAACAAUGGUUGAAAUCCGAGAUUCACAUAAAUGAGAAGGGCAUUGUUACAAUAGAGCAGAUGCUUUCAGAUGUGGAGCAACAAGAUGAUCUUCUCAGAGGUAUGAUUCACUUCUUUUGAAAUCUUUACAAUAGAUCUUGAUGCUUGAAGUUUAGAACACUUAUAUGUUUUGUUUUCUUUUUCCCUAGAGUUUGAAACUGGAUGCAAUGUGGAAUAAGGAACAGACUCUUGAGUAUGGACGAGUGAGAGUGACUGUCUCAUUUGUAUGGACGAGUGAGAGUGACUGUCUCAUUUUCAUUUUCAGUUUGAUGGUUGCAAGUUGAAACUAUGUUUUAUUUUCUGUUUUUCAUUUUCGGUUUGGUGGUUGAAACUAUGUUCUACUUUUUGUUUUUCAUUAUCAGUUUGUGUUCUUGUUUAAUUCUUCAAGUACUUUGUCUUUGACAUUUAAGUUAAUAAGUUUGGUUCGAAAAUCAGGUUUAGUUUGGGUAGUAUUGUGAUAUCGGGUACCAAAUUGUUUCGGUUUAGAUUGCGGGUACUAUUUUAUCCGAACCGUUAAAUAACCAAAUUGUUCGGAUCGAAUAUGAUUACUUUUAUUGAAAAACCGAUCCGAUCCGGAACCGGUCGGUACCGAACCGAAACCGAACCGUAAGUCUUCCAAGUACCUAUUGGAUACAUAUUUUAAAUAACCGAAAUACCCAUACCCGAUCGGGUCCUACCCGAAACCGAACCGAAUACCCGAAAUCCCAGGCCUAUAACAAACUGUGAGUUUUAACCAUUUUGAAUUCAUUGGAAAACAAUGAAUACAUAAAAUAAAGGGCAAUUGUCAAUAAUAGCACCUUUUGAGGUUUAUGUCUCAAAAAUAGCACUAGAAUGAGAAAGUCACAAAAAUGACAUUCAUUAAAGGAUAAAAUAUCCCUAAUACCCUUGAUUUAAAAUUAAAUAAACAAACAAAAUAAAUAAAAAUAAAUAAAAUAAAAAUAA